AUGGAAAAUGAUGUUAUGAGUCAGUUUUAUGCAGCAUUAAAUUUACCAUUAUUAGAGAGAACAAUGGAAUUGACAAGAAUAUUAGAUCAGACUGGACCUACUAAAGAUUAUCAAGCCUUAUUCCCACAGCUAAUUAGUAAUAUUUUUUCUUCACCUGCUAACAAUGGAUGGGGUCUAAGACAUUUAACUUAUGAACAAAAUAGAUUUGAAUUUGAAGCAUUAAUAAACUUCCUAGAACCCCAGGGACCACUUUUCAGAAUGUGUUAUAAGCUUUUAUCAGAUCCACAGUUAAAAUACAACCUUUUACUAAAUAAUUUACCAUUAGAUCUACAAAUGAUGUUAGAAAGAGGUGGAAGGUGUCCACAAUUUUACUCUGAUAUGGUGACAUUAGACUCCAACUCCCUGAACAUAGUUUCUUUGGCUCUGAAUCCUUUUGACUAUUAUAUAUUCAAGUUUGCUCUCCAUUUAACAAGUAAUAACCAAAACAGUGGUACGUGGGAGAUUUGGAACAGUGCAUACUUUGCAUUGGCUUGUGAUUAUCUGACACAUUUCUUACCAUCUGACCCUAAUACAUGUAUUUUACCCCAGAUUCCACAUUACAAUGGAAAGGUACCUUUAGUUGCACCACUCCAAUCUGUUAAUAGACCUCUAGGCUCACCCUCAUUGCUUCUGGUACCUGAUCUAUCUGGUAUCAGCAAUCAGCACCCAUCUUCUCAGAAUCAGUCGAGAAAUGAAAUAUGGAGAUCUGAAACUGUGUUGCAAGUUUUUAUUGAUAUUUGGAUGAGUGUUGAACACUUUGACAUGAGAAAUAUUGAAAUGUACCAAAGAAAUUAUACAGGAACAUUCUCUAGUCCUGAGAGAGUCCGAUUAGUGCGUGUUGUCAUAAAACAAAUCUAUUCAUAUUCAUCAAAGUAUAACUCUGAUCCUGCCAUACGAUCUUCAGCGUUACGUAAAUACGCUAAACAAAUAAUGUGCUCUCGGGCAUAUCAAUAUGUGAAACACUUGGUGUCGACGUGGCCUUUGGAUGCCUCUUUUAGGCUUGUUAUGGAACUUUGGCUAAGCCUGAUUCAACCUUGGAGAUACACUAAUACUGUUUCACAGGAUAGAUUUUCUCAUAUGAAUCGUAAUCAAGAUGAAGGCUCAAGUGCAGGUUUUGAUCCAACUUACAUACAAUUUGUUGCUGAGAACUUCCCUUCAUAUAUUUGUAUACUGCAACUUAUGUUACCGAGAUUCAUGAGACUGGAUUUGACUACUUAUAAAAAUGCGGUGAUGCUGUUCAGAUUAGGAAAGGUAUUUUCACAGCACCAUUUAAUACCUGUGUUGAUGAAUUUGGAGAAAGCCGUGACAGAUAGUAUAUCAGGGUCAAUGUAUACUCCAAAUAACAGUUUGAACAACUCAAACCUAGAUCACAGUUACAUGUACAACGGUAUAUCACUUAAUAAAUGGGUGUCGAUUGCGAAACAAGCGAUAUCAGAGUUCAACACGACAUCGACUUUAGAAUACAACCCCAUUUGGACUGAUGAUAAAAAACCACUUUACGUGCAAUUUGUUAAGAAAGUUAUCUCAGCGAAGGCCCAAUCUGAGAAAUUGCUGGAGGAAUAUAGAAGCAAAUUUAAUCAGAAUAAUCAAGGCUUCUGGGCUGGUAUGAAACAAUGGUUUAUGAUAAGCUAUGAUAAUGAGGAUAAAAUUCUGUUAGAGGAAUCAGAAAAAGUUCCCGCAUAUUUGAACCAUUGCAUCAACUAUUUCACAAAUAUACUUGUUCUAAAUGAAUCACUGCCAAUAGAGGCGGACCUGAUCGACAGUUCACUGGAGCAAUCGUCCUUCGCUAAUUCAAAUAACUUCUCGUUUUCUAUUGCACAAAAACUGAGAAAUAAAUCAACUGGCCUACAGUAUACGGGCGAUCCGGACCUCAUGCCCAUUAUGUCAUAUGAAAAUACAAUACUAGUGCGCUUUUUGUACCAACUCGCUACAAAGCUGAAUGAAAUUUAUGAAGACGAUUUUAUGAGGUGGUGGAAUCGAGAUGGUUUUUGGGGUUAUGCCGUUAGGGAAGUGUUGCAAAAACCUUUGACGGUACAAACUUACAUGAAAGACACGGUCAAUCAUAAAAACAUUGUACUAAAAGAACUCCCACCUAGACUGUCUUUGAGAAGAUUAGCGUCCAACGUUUUUAUAGUCUGGUUUACAAUAGGAUAUUUUGCAUUUCGAUUUUUAUCAUACAGUGGAUUUUUCUAUGUGUUUUUCCUGCUCAUGAUGUUUUGUUUUAUUGUAUUAACUAAGGCCUCAUUGAAAAUGUUCAAAAUUUUGAAAUCUUAA